UUUGCCGUACAACAUGGCGGCGCUGUGCCGGGGGCGGAAGCGCUUUCAAUGGGAGCCUGUGCUUUGCCGUACGGCUCGGGUCCUGUCAGGAAAAAAUGAGUAUGAUCUUCUGGUGAUUGGUGGAGGUUCUGGAGGCCUUGCUUGUGCAAAAGAAGCUGCUCAGUUUGGAAAGAAGGUGGCUGUUCUUGAUUAUGUGGAGCCUUCACCUAAAGGAACCAAAUGGGGACUUGGUGGCACUUGUGUGAACGUUGGCUGUAUUCCUAAAAAGCUUAUGCAUCAAGCAGCUCUUUUAGGGAGCGCUCUUAAAGAUGCCCAACAUUAUGGCUGGAAUAUAUCCCACCCUGUUCGCCAUGACUGGCCUGUGAUGGCAGAAGCCAUUCAAAAUUAUGUCAAAUCCUUGAACUGGGGACACAGAGUGCAGCUACAGGACAAAAAAGUGAAGUAUUUCAACCUCACAGGCAGUUUGAUGGAUGCACACACAGUCCGUGGUUUGACAAAUGCAGGUAAAGAGACUAUCAUUACUGCAGAAAACAUCGUCAUUGCCACUGGAGGGAGGCCAAAAUAUCCCGCACACAUUGCAGGUGCAUUGGAAUAUGGAAUUACAAGUGAUGAUAUAUUCUGGUUGAAAGAAUCUCCUGGAAAAACGUUGGUGGUUGGAGCCAGCUAUGUGUCCCUUGAGUGUGCCGGUUUUCUCACAGGCAUUGGACAGGAUACCACGGUCAUGGUCAGAAGUAUCCCACUUCGAGGGUUUGAUCAGCAAAUGUCCUUCUUAGUAACUGAUUACAUGGAAUCAUGCGGUACAAGAUUUUUAAAGAAAUGCACCCCAAGUAAAGUUGAAAAGCUGAAGAGUGGCAAACUGCAAGUUACCUGGAAACAUGCUGACUCAGGCAAAGAAGAAAUGGAUGACUUUGACACAGUGAUGUGGGCAGUAGGCCGAGCACCUGACACUAAAACUCUGAAUUUGGAGACAAUUGGGGUGAAAAUUAGCUCUGAAACUGGAAAGAUCAUUGUUGAUGCCAGCGAAGCUACUUCUGUUCCUCACAUUUAUGCAAUUGGAGACAUAACAGAGGGACGCCCUGAACUGACGCCUACAGCGAUAGCUGCAGGAAAGCUGCUGGCUCAACGUCUGUUUGGCCAGUCUUCAGAAUUGAUGGAUUAUGACAAUGUACCCACUACAGUUUUCACUCCUCUGGAAUACGGUUGUGUAGGACUGUCAGAAGAAAAGGCAGUGGAACAUUAUGGACUGGAUAACAUAGAGGUAUACCAUGCAUAUUAUAAACCUUUGGAAUUUACAGUGGCUGAAAGAGAUGCAACUCAGUGUUACAUAAAAAUGGUAUGCCUGCGGAAAAAAGAGCAGCGGAUCCUUGGCCUUCAUUUCAUUGGACCAAAUGCAGGUGAAGUGAUUCAAGGAUUUGCUCUUGGAAUGAAAUGUGGCGCUACGUAUGCACAGAUGAUGAAGACAGUUGGCAUUCACCCUACCUGUGCUGAGGAAGUAACCAAGUUACGUAUCACAAAGCGCUCUGGUUUGGAUGCAAAGGUUACUGGUUGCUGAGGUUAAGUCCAAUCCCUGGACAGAAGUUAAAAGCACACAGUAGAAUUGAGAAGGAAAAAGAGCAUUCUGAACUGACACAGUUUUGGUAAUCAUAGUCUGUAGCUCAAGGUUUCCUAGGUAUCACUCCUUCAGUAGACAUCAAAAAGUGAAUUUUACAAUCCUAGCCAUACCGUACCUACCUAAAGAACUGCCCUCACACAUCUUUAAAAUCAACACAGUACUUAACCUUCAGAGAAAUAGGAUUUAUGUUAAAAAGCAUCACUUCUGAAGUGCCUGUGUCCUUUGUCUUGCUAGGAGCUAGAGAAAAAUCAUCAUUUUCUGUACAUCAGAAUGUGUUUCUUGCCCAUCACUUGGCAUCUAAAGCCAUGUAAAAUGUAAAUGGAUGUCACUUUGUUACAGGAACAGUGGCCAUCACACUGCUAACCAUUCCCACCCACUGGCAAAUUAAUCCCUCUUGGAUUUCAUCCCACAGAGAAAUGCAUCCUCAGACAGAGGUGAAGAGGAUGCCAGAUAUCUGGAGCUCUCUGACAGUAUAUGCGUGACUUCCGUAGCCAGGGUUUUCCCAAUAGAACACCUAGCUACUGACCUCCCCCAGGAAUUCAUCCACGAGGAAUGAUGUCCAAAUCUCACUGAACUGAGCCAAGGGCUCAGAACAUGGGCAAUAAUUCCUUCUCAGCUCUGGCAAGAUGGCUCCCUGUUGGUGGUAAUCACAAGAGUUCAAAGUCAAGGCUCAUGGACAGAAAACAGAUCCCAAAGCACAUAGCAGUAGGUAAGCAGCCUUCAGUGUUUCAGGGAAAGGUACCAUAUACAGGAAUUGGUAGUAGAGGAAAAUAUAAAGUGACCAUUUAGAGUUGUUACACUAUUGGUUGAGUUCACUGUUGGCAUAGGCAGUGUGUGUCAUCGUGGAAGCUCAUAGAAUUCCUUUAGCAAUGAGGACAUUUUGCCAUUUAAACACUUACAGAAAGAACUUCUCUGCGCAUUUUUGAAAUUGCCAAUUAAUUUCAGCCCAGAUUGAAUAGGCGGAUCACACAGAUUACUGCUCCAGUGCCAAAUAGCAAGCAAUACUGAAAAUUGGAAUUGAACAUAGAAAGUUGUGUGUGCUGUUCAUAUAGCGCAAAUAUUUGACAUGAAUUGGAGUGUGGUGUAUAUGAUCUACGGUUUUUUAAAAUAGAUUUUCAUUGAUAAACUAAAACUCCUGUAACUCUCACAAUUAACUUAUGGCAGUUGGGAUCUGAAACCAGAAUCUAAAACCAGAAAGGAGAUAUACCUGUUCAGAGCUCAGCUUUAAGAUACCAGUCUGCAAACUGUUCUUUCAGCAUAUUGCCCGAACUUCCUGUAGGAAGAAAGCAUUCACCUAGUGUGAGUUGCUUCUUAUUCAUAUUGGCCAGAAGGGGGAGACCCUGACUAACAUGUAGCAAUAUAAAAAUAAGAUAGAAAUCCAGUAGCACAGCUGCUUUUUGCCAAAUACUGUUAAAUAGAUAGCCUGACAAAGGCAAAACAAAAACCCAAACCCUCAGAAUUUCAUUUGAAGUAGCAAUUUAUUGCUCAUACUGUAUUUUGAGAAGUGCAUCACAUAGUUACUCACGACCCGUUACAACAGUGCAUGUGGGAAGGGGAGGGGUUGGUUACAAUUCUUUAGAAAGAUAUGAUAAAAAUCAGUCUUUCAUGCUGUAUGUUAAACAGCAGUAUUUUUGCAAAUGAGUUUUGACAGUUUCCUAGCCAUCCUAGUCUUGUUAACUGCAAAGUUCUUAAGAAUAGUUUGCUGACUAUGCACAUCUUUGAAACUUUUUUCUUAGACCGUCCAUUUUAAGACAUUGUUAGUUUACUAUUUCGCUGAGAGUUAUACUAUAGACAAGUGGCAGAUUUAAUUUAAGUUUAAAACAUAUCUUGCCACCAGAAUUGUACAGCAUGUGCCCCAGAAGCUAUUGAAAAACUCUGAAGCUUCAGCAGACAUUAUCAAAACAAAUGUAAUAGUACUUAUCGACACGCCAUCAAGGUGGUAUUACAAUUAAUUCCUUUCAGGGAUCUGACUUUAAAAACAAAACAAAACCCCGCAGCCCUGCACUGGUUCUAAGUGCCUCAUUUCCAGAGUUUGACACUAAAUCAGUGGUCCACAAUCUUUUCGUCUGGCGGGCGCCAGACGAAGGACCAUAGUGGCGGUCGAGCAUCCUCCGAAAUGCCACCAAAUUUCAGUGGUGACGCCUCUUGAUGACGUCGCUUGUUGGCAGCAAGCGGCGUCAUCCAGAGGCAUCGCCACCGAAAUGCUGCUGAAUUUCAGCGGCAUUUCAGCGGAUGCUCGACCGCCGGCCAGGACGUGGGCACUGGUACCGCGUUGGGACCCCUGCUGUAAGACUUAAAUUUGUUAUAAAAGUAUUAAAUCUUGAUACUGUAGGGGAAGCAGAUAAUAUACCCUAGCAGUGCAGAAAGAGCAAAUAGGUUUCCUACUGCUAUUCAAGAAACAUGAAAGUAAAAGCUGCAUAUGAUGGGUUAUAGUAUAUCUGAGUUGGUUUCACAAGGCUAGAAUUUCAAGGUACAAUUCACAGCUAUUGCGGCUUCCUCUCUACCCCCCCCCCCCAAAAAAAAAAAACAAACAAC